ACCGCGAAACCUCACCGGUUUGUCGCCGCAGCCUCGGCCCGCCGGCGUGCGGCCGGCACGCCAGAGUUCUAUAUACCAGGUCAUCAUUUCGGCGCCAAGUGUGCAUCAUCGCGUCCGUUCCGACAGCCCCAGUCAACGAUGUCGUUCUCCCCAGCCAGCAGCGAGCCGCACGACGCGCCGGCCGCCGCCGGCAGCAGCGUGCCGGCGUCGAGGUCGAUCGCAGAGCGGUGGAAGAUGGAGGCGGCGCCGAUCCGGGCGCGGCUGCUGCUGCGGGCCUUCGCGUGGCUCUUCUCCCUGCUGGCCCUCGUCGUCAUGGCCACCGACGUGCACGGCCGCGGCGGCGCCCAGGACUUCAGCACCUACCCGGAAUACAACUACUGCCUGGGCAUGUCGAUCAUCGCGCUCCUGUACGCCACGGCGCAGCUGGUGCGCGACGCGCACAGGCUCAGCUCCGGCCGGGACCUCGUCGCCGGGAGGAAGGCGGCGGCCGUCGUCGACUUCGCCGGAGAUCAGGUGGUGGCCUACUCCCUGAUAUCGGGCUUGUCCGCGGCGGCGCCGGUGACGGACUACAUGCGCCAGGCCACCGACAACCUGUUCAACGACUCCGCCGCGGCCGCCAUUAGCCUGGCCUUCUUCGCCUUCUUGGCCAUCAGCCUCUCGGCCCUCAUCUCUGGGUACAAUCUUUCCUUGGAAGCCAUUGUUUAGCACAAGCACACAUGACUCUCCCAUGUAUCUGUCUGUCACCAAGGGAAAGAAAGCACCUGUAUAACUGGAUCAAAUGGAUACUCAUAAUUUUGUAAAAUCGUAAAUCAAUUCGGUAUCAA